AUGGAUCGAGACACUCCUCGCCCUCUCCCAUACCCCCAAGCUCCUCCACCACCUCACCCACCACCUCCCCCUCCCCCUCCAUACGCGCCUACGCCAGGAGACCAGAUCAACCAGCUCUACGAAGAGCUCAUGCUCAUACACGCCUCCGUCGCCACCAUCUAUGAGAACAUGGUCUCCCUCGACACAGCCCUUGAAUAUCAGGGACGACACGAGGUCAUACUCUCAGUGGCCCGCCAGACAGCAACCGUCACCAUGAGCAUCAUCCACAGCAUUUAUCCCAUUUCGUCCACUCAACAUCACUCGACAGGCAGGGGGGGGAUCGGACUUUUUCUUGUCCUGAAGAAAAUGUAUUUGAAAAGUACAACAUAA